AUGCAGCCUCCCGGCGCUGGUGGCGCCUCAGAGGCCCCUUCUGCAGGGGGGCCCCCCUCUGCCCUCCACACAGGGGGGCCCCCCCUCCCCGCAGUACCCCCUCCCUUGGGGGCCCCCCAGGCGGGGGCCCCCGGGGCUGCCCCCCGGCUGCCCCCUGCAGUGCCCCCGGGGAAGCCGCGGGCGCCGCCUCCCCUUAAACAGCCGAAGCAGCAGCAGCAGCAGCAGCAGCAGCUGCAGGCACAACAGCAACGCGUGCCCCAGGGGCAGCAGCAGCAGCUGGUGUCCCAGAAGCAGCACCAGCAGCCUGCGCUGCAGCAGGGGAAGCAGCUGCAGCAGCAAGCGCAGCCACCCACGGCGGCGGCGCAGCAGUGGCCGCAGCAGCCCGCACGGCAGCAGCAGCAGCAGCAGCAGCAGCAGCCUCCGCGGGCCGCUGCGCCUGCAGGGGGCCCCCCAGGAGGGGGGGGGCCCCCGGGGGCCCCCCGAGAGGGCAAAGCCUCGAGACAAAGACCCUCUCCACAUGGGGCCCCCCCGCCGAAGCGGAAGCGGGGGGGCGGGAAGCACGGGCACAGCAGCAGCAGCAGCAGCGGGGGCGCGCACGGGCUGCAGCAGCAGCAGCAGCAGCAGCAGCAGCAGCAGCAGCAGCAGCGCAGCGUGGUGACCAUGAGCAGCACAGAACUUGGCCGCAGAGGCAGAGAUCGGCUGCUGCUGGACUAUUCGCAGCACUUCGUCAACACCGGCGAAAGGCCGCAGAACUUCAUCCGAGAUGUCGAGCCCGAGAAGAGGUUUAACGCCUACUUCAGGCUGAAGGAGCUCAUGGAGCUGAAGAGACAGGUCAUCAGGGCGCGCGCCACCCCGGCGCAGUGCAUCCGCGCGGACCUGCGCACCUUCGACUGGAGCCUGCUGCCUUGCCUCUUCGACGUCAUUCUCGUAGACCCUCCUUGGGCGGAAUACGCAGAGAGGUGUGUGGGGGCGAAGAGGCCCUCCGAGGACCUCAGGCCCUGGUCGGUGCAGCAAAUCAUGGACCUGCCCAUAGACAAAAUUGCUGAGAGUCAGUCCUUUUGUUUUCUCUGGUGCGGCGUGAAGCAUCUUGAAGAGGCGAGGGACGUGCUCUCCAAGUGGGGCUUUCGCCGCUGCGAAGACAUAUGUUGGGUGAAGACCAACAAGAGUUUGGCCCGCAGCAACCCCGCCUUCGAAGCUGCUGCUGCUCCUGCAGUUCUUCGCGACGAGUCUUCUUACCUCCACAGGACCACCGAGCACUGCCUCGUCGGCAUCAAGGGCCUCGUCAGACGC